AUGCAGGUUCGACCGCUAGCGUAUUCCAGGUCCAGCCCCACCGAUUCUGUGCGAUUGGUUUCAAGUUACGACGAGUGGUCAAUUCACUAUGCUGAUUGGUCCGUUGUCAUCAGCCGCACAAAAGGCCCCGUGUUAGCGGCCUAUGGCGCCGAUGCAAUCAUCUCAACUAUGUCGAAUGGCGAGCCAGGUAAGACGUCCGCCGAGCCUGCUAUGUGGAAUACCACAAGGCAGACGGGACUCCCUCCACAAGGCUCGUUACCAGGCUGCAGCAGUGGUGAUAUCGGUGCAUCGCCCUUUGAGGUCGAAUAUAAGUGUUGGCCUGCUGCAAUGGCUCCGGCAGAGGUGAAAUCGCCAUCGCGCCAUGCGAAACGUCCAAAGAGCAGAAUCAGAGAGAUACUCAGCAACAGAGACCACAGCGAGAUGAGCGGAUCACGUAGCCAACCGUGCAGCUUUGCUGACGUGGCAGUAUACUAUCGAGUCUAUAUACUCGACGACCUACUUGCCGAGCCGCAAGAGAUAUGCCAUGACUGGCUCAGGAAUCUCCUGUACAUCAGUCAGAAGUAUCGUCAGGGCCAUUCAUUCGCACCCAUUGAGACCUCCCGAGAGAUCUCGGUCUUUGAUAUCGCUCGGGCAGAUGUGAUAGGCACAGUGGAUCUCAGGCCGUACGACGCGCCACAUGGAAUGGAACUCGACGAGAAUUGCUCCUACCUCUAUGCCAACGUAUCUGAUGGUGCGGUAUGGAUCGAUCCUGAGAGCAGAUAUAUGACCAAUUACGCUCCGAGUGCCGAGAUUGUUCCUGCCCGGCGGACAAGUGAAGACUUCAUCGCCGAGAUCGAUCUACGCAAUGGCAAGAUGAGGCAACGAGUCAACGUGCCCGAAAGCGAAACACCGACGGACGGACGCUUCGUGGCCUUCUCCGCACCCGCUAUCCGCUUCGCAAGUCGCACGUCUAGCAACGGCUUGCCAGUUAUCAAUGUAGAUGAAGACCCGGUGAUCGAGGCUAUCAAGGCCAAGUUUAACGUCAGGACCAUAUACGUCACAUCGAGGAACAUUAUGUUGGUAUGA